GCAGCAAAGCAAGCAACGUGAGGAGCUGUAUUCCCCAAGCCCCCUGUGUCAUUUACAUACACCUCAGCAGCAGCAGCACAGCACCCGCGUUCCUGUAGCACUGCAGACCCUCUCCGAAACAGACUCCUGUCCUCCGCGUCCUGCCAUGGCCCUGGGCUUCAUGGUCCUGCUCCUGGUGGGGAUGAUGGAGACAGCUUCCAGGGCUGUGCCUGUGCUGACCCAGCCAACCUUCAUGUUGGUGCUGCCCGGGCAGACUGCUCGCUUGUCCUGCACCCUGAGCCCCCAGUACAACAUCAGUGACUUCGGCAUCUCCUGGUUCCAGCAGCGCCCGGGACACAACUUGACAUAUCUGCUCUAUUACAACUCUGAGCGAGAGAAGCACAAGGCCACCAAGACUCCCGACCGCUUCUCUGCUACCAAAGACAUCGCCAGCAAUGCCUGCAUCCUCACCAUCACAUCCAUCUGUGAUGAAGACAGUGGCAACUAUUACUGCUCCCUGUCAGCUGCCUUCAACCGGUUUUAGAAGCAAGAGAACAAAAGCUUGUUGCGUUUCCCCUUGCAAGGCUGACAUGAGUUAUUUAAUAGGGAGGUGGCAGCUCUAGGAGGAAUAGAAAAGGUCCCUCUAGUGUGCUGCAGCUAGCCCGGCAGCACUGCAUUGUGCUGUGAGGUGCAUCAACCUCCUGUUCAACCCCCGUGUCCCCCAUGGAGCAUUGGGCAGCCUGACACAGUGUGAGACCAGCCAGGGCUCGGCCCUGGGGCGCAUUAGCAGGGAUUUCCUGCUGCGGUGCGAGCUCUGCCAUGGCCGGGCUCUUCCUCCACUUGGCACAACGUGGGCUUGAUCCAGCUUGGGCUUCUGCGUGGUUUGUUUCGCCUGAUAAUAAAGGUUAAUCCUCUGCCA